AUGAACACAGAGGCACACCUCCGACACAUCAUGCUGACCCACGAGCUCAAGAGAAACAAGUCACAGGUUAAAUGCGCACUGGGUUUGCUACUCUUCGCCGGCUUCCUCGCUAUCGUCAUUGGAUGCUCGGUGCUCUUUUUAACUCUUCGUUCUGACAGCACUAGCAGCUCCCUUGGUCUUCGUUCCGUAGGCAUCCUUUUCUUGGCUGCAGGUUUUUUUGGACUCCUCACCGGCUCCAUGGUCCGUUUUUCUGCUAACAAGACUACGCCAGCCGUCCCUACAAGAAUAUCCCGCUCGAGUGCAAAUAGAAACCACCGAAUUCCUGCAAGUCGUUCUUUUCACCGUGAAGACUCCAUCUACGUAGAAAUCAACGGAGCCGUCUCCCUUCUUCCGAACCGCUUCCCAAUGUACCCACAAGAGUUCUUCGACAUCGCUCGACGAGUGAAAGACGAACAAACGAGUUUCGUGGCGAAACUUCCAUCUUACGACACUGUGCUCCGCGAUUCGAGUGGAUCAAAGUUCGAGAUCAUCCCCUGUGAGGCGCCCCCACCAUAUGAACCAUGA